AUGAGAGCAUCUCCAAUUAAUCUUCCCCGGAGAACCCUUCCUCCGGCGAGACUUUACUGUACAGGAAUUUCAGAUGACGCCGUUGGGAGCUCUAAAUUGAAAAUUUUCGAUCGAAGCCUUAAGCGCAAACAACGUGAUCGGGCAGCCUGGUUGAUGCAGCCUAAGCCUAAGGAUUCUUUAGUUGAUAGUGUGGCUGAGAAUCUUCUUGAUCGCUUAGAGGAUUGUAAAAGAACGUUUUCCACAGCUGCAUGUUUGGGGGGUUCAAUGGAAGCUAUUAGACGGCUCCUACGCGGGCGUGGUGGCAUUGAAAAGUUUAUCAUGAUGGAUGCUUCAUGUGAUAUGGUUAAUUUAUGUAAAAGGGCUGAAAAAGAUUCCCCAAAUGAAAACGUGGAAACAUCUUUUGUUGUCGGUGAUGAAGAGUUUUUGCCGUUUAAGGAAAGUUCUCUGGAUUUAAUCAUCAGUAACUUAGGACUACACUGGACAAAUGAUCUACCUGGAGCAAUGAUACAGUGCAGAUUGGCAUUGAAGCCUGAUGGCCUGUUUUUAGCUUCAAUCUUUGGUGGAGAAACAUUAAAGGAGCUGAGGAUAGCAUGCACUGUGGCACAAAUGGAGAGAGAAGGAGGCAUCAGUCCACGAUUGUCACCAUUGGCACAGGUGCGAGAUGCUGGCAAUCUUUUGACUAGAGCUGGCUUCAGCCUUCCUGGUGUUGAUGUUGAUGAAUACGUUGUUAGAUACAGUAGCUCUCUGGAAUUGAUUGAGCAUCUGCGUUCAAUGGGUGAAACUAAUGCUCUUCUACAAAGAAGCCAAAUAUUGAAGAAAGAAACAGCCCUUGCAACAGCAGCUGUAUAUCAAUCGAUGUUUGGAGCUGAAGAUGGCACCAUACCUGCUACAUUCCAGGUUAUUUUCAUGACUGGCUGGAGGGAGCACCAUUCUCAGCAGAAGGCUAAAAGGAGGGGUUCUGCUACGAUAUCGUUUAAAGAUAUUCAGAAUCAGUUUGGUAACAAUUAG